GCACUUUACACUUCAAGGUUACUUUGAAAGCAUAAAAAUCUGACACUAGGUAUUUAAAUUCAUUUUUAUCGCGAAAUUAAAACGUGAAGUCCGUGCGUCAUCUUCUUGUAUCGUUUGUUAAUCUUCAAAGAAAUUGCAAGCGGUGAGUGAUUUUUUCUCGGUCUGAUUUUCUAAUCUAUCGGAAUUUAGAGUUAAGUACGUCUAGAGAAAAUGUAAUGAAACGUUGAUAAGCGAUCUUAAAAGCUAUUGUUUGAAAGACAAUUAAAUAAUUAAGCAUUUAAGCAAACUAAAUUGAUAAUACAAACAAACACUAUAAUACUAAAUUAAAUAGUAGCAUCAAAAAAGGUGCAUGUUGAAGCUGUAGUUUUGAAUGCGACAUGUUAAAAAAAGAAUCGAAUUUUUCGACUACAGAGGACGCACCUAGUGUGCACUGUGCAGCGUUUGGAGGCGGAGCUAGUGUACAGUGGGCGUGUCUUCACUACAAACGCAGGCGCAAUGUGUCGUAGGAGAAAACGCAAAUGCGAGAGUGAUUUAUUAGUUCAAGAACUGAGCAAAUUUAGUACACAUAAACACACUAAUGUGUUCAAGGUAACGACACAUCUUAAAUCCGGCUUUAAGUGAUAAAAACGAGCAAACAUUUGUAACAGUAGUUACAAGAUUAAGCGAAUUACUUCAUUUUUGCUACACGUUUCGCUUGUUGGAGGUCAUUUAGUAAAAUAUAGUUCCAGUAAUCAAACACCAAAAUAAGUGUUAUCAGUCGUUACCAGGGAUUGCAUACUAAUUAUAGUUUCACGAAGUUUUCAACAAACACUGAUAAAACGUCUACUUUUGUGAACCCAAAGGUUGCUCUCCUCAAAAUGAAAGACUUAAGCACCCUCACCGUACCAGAACUCGAGGACUUCUUCAACUCAUUCGACCACGUGUUGACGGACAUUGAUGGAGUCGUCUGGAACCUUCUCCACGGCAUCCCCGGUGCCAACCACGCCCUCAAAUCCCUAGAAAACCUCAACAAACAAAUCAUUUUCAUUUCAAACAACACCACAAGAUCCGCCGACGCGCUGGAAACGCGCCUGAAAAACGAAGGUUUUGACUUGCAGACAAUCAACCACGUGAGUCCCGCUCCGGCUAUGAUUGACUACCUCCAGAAGCAAAAUUUCACGAAAACUAAUAAGAGGAUUUUUGUCAUCGGGAUGACACCACUGAGACAAGCUCUUAUCGAAGCCGGUUUCAAACUGGCCGAAAACGGGCCGGACCGCGUGAAGGAGUCAGUUGCUGAGUACGCGGCACUUUGUAUCGCUGAAGACGAUAGUGUUGGUGCCGUCAUCGCCGACAUUGACAUCAACUUAAACUCCGUCAAUAUGCAAAAAGCGCUAACUUUUCUGCUCAGAAAAGACGUUUUGUUUUUGAGUGGCGCCCCCGAUAUGAAGUACCCUCUAGACAAGGAGCGGUUUUUGAUUGGUCCCGGCGCUUUUGUGACCAUUUUGGAGCUCACGAGUGGCCGAAAACCCAUAUCUAUGGCGAAACCCAACACCAAUUUGCACGACUUCGUUGCCGAAAAGUACAAGAUUGAUGAUCCUUCGAGGGUUUUGUUCGUGGGGGAUACGGUUUUAGAAGAUAUGGCGUUCGCUGCUAAUUGUGGGUACAAGAAGUUGCUGGUUUUUAGCGGCUUGAGUAACAGGAGUUGCGUGGAGGAGUGGACGUUUCCGGAGGAGUAUAAACCCGACUUUUAUGCCGAGAGCUUGAAGAGUGUCCACGAGGCGGUGUUGCGGGUGUUUGGACGAAAAGAUUCUUCUGUACUUUGAUAUAAUAAUAAUUCCAAAAUAAUAAAAUGUUGAAAAUCUAAAUAAA